AUAUCCAAGAAGAAAUGUUUGCAGGAAACAUGUUGGACGAAGAAGGGGAAUAAUUCCAUCAUUUUGGGGCCAAAUCUUAGCGGUUUUUCCUUCGAUUUCUUUCUAUAAUGGCUGGGACUGCCACAGCAUCGGGGUCCAAUGGUACUCCUUGCUCGUACUCGAACCACACGUUCGAGAAAGUCGCCAAAGCUAAGGCCACUUUGGAAAGUUAUUAUGCUAGUCUAGUUUCCCAGCAUCACGAACGAAUAACUAGGCGAAAAAAGCUCGAAGAAUUGAUGGAAAGUCAAUCCUUAACUGAAGAAGAGAAAGAAGAAAAGAGGAACAAACAUGCACAAAAAGAGACAGAGUUCCUAAGGUUGAAGAGGUCAAGAAUAGGAAAAGAAGACUUUGAAUCUUUAAAGAUUAUUGGACGAGGUGCCUUUGGAGAAGUACGGUUGGUUCAGAAGAAGGACACUGGUCAUGUUUAUGCCAUGAAGAUGCUAAGAAAAGCUGAUGUUCUAGAAAAAGAACAGGUUGCACAUACCAGAGCAGAGAGAGAUUUUCUUGCGGAGGCUGAGAAUCAAUGGGUGGUUAAGAUGUAUUACUCCUUCCAGGAUAGUCAGUUACUUUAUUUAGUCAUGGAAUUUUUACCUGGAGGUGAUCUGAUGACAUUGUUGAUGAAACGGGACACAUUCACAGAAGAUGAGACACGGUUCUACAUAGCCGAGGCAUUGAAUGCAAUUGAUUCCAUUCACCAACUACAAUUUAUUCACAGAGAUAUUAAACCAGACAAUUUACUGCUGGAUAGUAAAGGUCACAUCAAGCUGGCUGACUUUGGUUUAUGUACAGGCCUGAAAAAGGCUCACAGAACAGAAUUCUAUCGAGAAAUUAGUCCAUCUGAUAUUAAAGAUUUUGCUAAUGGAGACCCAUUAGAUUCAAAGAGACGUGCUGCGACAUGGAAGAGAAAUAGACGACAACUUGCUUACUCAACUGUAGGCACUCCAGAUUACAUUGCGCCAGAAGUUUUUGUUCAGACUGGCUACACGAAAAGUUGUGAUUUCUGGUCGUUAGGAGUCAUCAUGUAUGAGAUGUUAAUAGGUUAUCCUCCAUUUUGUUCAGAAAGUCCACAAGAGACAUACAAAAAAAUUAUAAAUUGGAGAGAAACACUCAUUUUUCCUCCAGAAAUGCCCAUCUCAAAACAUGCACAGGACUUUAUUCAAAGGUUAUGCUGCGAUGAAGAGCAAAGACUAAACAAUAUAGAUGAAAUCAAAGCGCAUCCGUUCUUCAAGGGAAUCGACUGGGUGAACUUGAGGGACAGACCAGCCCCCAUACCAAUACAAGUCAAAUCUAUAGAUGACACUUCAAAUUUUGACGAGUUCCCAGAAUCUGAAUUUGAAUCAUAUUGGCUUAGCAAUUCAAAGGACAAGGAUACCAAUAACAAGGACUGGGUGUUUCUAAACUACACUUUUAAGAGGUUUGAAGGCUUAACUCAAAGAGGGUCAAGACUCCCCACUUUGUAAUAAUUAUAAUGAAAUUAAUAUUUGUUAAAUUUAAAAAAUUGUACAGGGUUGUUUACUAGGUCUAAUAAUCACAAGUUUGUUGUGCUUGAGAUUAUCAAUCAUUUUGAAAUAAAUUCCUUUAAAAAAAUUUUUUUAGUGUAAGGGUUUUGGCUGAAAAAUCGAUUUCACUAAAAAAGUUGUAACACUUAUUAUUAGUGAAACCUUACAUAAAGUGUCCGUUUGCCAGGGAUGGAUUCAAAGGUGUGAAUAAACACUUUUUUCAAAUGUUACUUCAAUGAUAAAGAUGAGAAAAUUAUGAACCCUCUUUCUGAAGUCCUGGCAUUAGCCAGCUGCAUGCAGCGGAACGUUUCUUAGUUCGGCUUCAUGCAGGCUAGGCAUUAACAGGCCUGCACAUGCAAUGAAAAAGUACAAGCUCAAUUUGACGGCCGAUCAAAGAAAAAUUAUGUGUUUUCUCUUUUACUUUAAAUUCCACUUGCAUCAAGUGGGGGGGGGGGGGAGCACAACACACUUGUGAUAGUCAGCUUAAUUAAGACACUACUUUUCAAGUUAAAAUGCACGUUAAGAUUAUUCCAAAAAGAAUUUAUGCACACUCUUUCUUAAUCUAAAGAAUCUGGUUUUGUAGAUUGAAACUGGUUGGAGUUUUGAUACUUUUCUGUGAAUUUUGAGGGUUUUCACUGACAAUAAAUUCACCAUCUGAAAGGACAAUCAAUCAUAAUUUAUACCCAAUUCAAUUUCAAAAUGCUGGAUUUCCCCUGUGAGUGACUCGGGUUUAAACUGCGUAGUUCCAGAAAUAUCAGACUUUAAUUGUUAAAUUCACAAUAAUCAUAUUUUGUAUCACAUUCAUCGACAAGAUAAUAAUAGUUUUUCAUUAUCACCACUACCUGUCAUGUUAUAUGAGAUUUGAAAAGAAUCUCUGUGUUAUUAUGUAUUCGACCCUAAAUUUCAGACCUCAUGCCGUUCCCUUAAAGGCCUGUUUUCACUAGUGUUGGAGUAGGAGCCAAAAGCAGCUUAUGAAAAGUGAAAACAGUCACUAGUGUGUUGGAUUCUGACUUAGGAGUCACUAGUGUGUUGGAUUCUGACUCGAAAGGAUUGCUUUUGCUUAAUUAGCUAGUGCUGAAGCUAUAAGGGAAGUUCAGGUGGAGAAGCAGUCAGAGCGUUCCAUUCUCACUUAUGCGACCAUGUGAGUCGAGUUGAUUGCUGUGAGUUCUCCGAGUUCUCUCCUGUGAUUUGAGGGCUAAUUUCCCCCCUCUGCAAAAAUCAAUUACAAAAUU